UGCCACCUGCCAGUGCCCAUCAGUGCCACAUUUCAGUGCCACCUAUCAGUGCCACCUACCAGUGCCAGUCAGUGCCACCUAUCAGUGCCAGACAGUGCCGCCUAUCAGUGUGCAUCAGUUCCCGUCAGUGCUGCCUAUCAGUUCCAGUCAGUGCCUCCUAUCAGUGCCAGUCAGUGCCGCCAGUCAGUGCCACCUAUCAGUGCCAUAUAUGAGUGCACCUUUCAGUGCCCAUCAGUGAUGCCUGUCAUUGUCCAUCAGUGCCACCUACCAGUGCCUCCUCAUCAGUGC